UCCGAUGAUGUUAGUUACACGCAGAUAAAUACGACAGCCCAAGAAGAAGAAAAUUCGUGAAUUUCAAGAGAAGGAAUGGCGACACCAUCGAAGAACAUGAAGGCUUUCUACAAGCAAAAGAAGACAAACCCAACGGGAGGCAUCUCCAAAUCAAAAUCCUCAAAGGCAACCAAACCUGCCGCUACUGAUAUCGCCCAACUGCCCCAUGGCGUUUCUCUGGAUCUCAAAGAUGAUGAUAUUGAAGAGGAAGAGAAAGCGUUAAGGGAAUUCGACAUGAACAUGGCGUACGGACCAUGCAUAGGGAUAACGCGGCUGGGUCGAUGGGAAAGAGCACAAAGAUUGGGGCUAAAUCCUCCUAAAGAAAUCGAGAAGCUUGUGAAAAGUGGUAAGGUGAAACUACAAUCAUUAUUUGAUGGGCGUAUCUAGAAGGAUCAUAGGGGAAACCAUUAUGGUUGACAUGGAAUGUGGGGAAUCCUUUGGAAUCAAGCUGGUUGGUUAUAUGUUAUUUCAACUCAGUUUAAUUGGAGAUCAUAUGUUUCAUCUA